GCAGGAGCUUAAAUACCAGCCCAUCAGGAAGCCGAGAUGGUCUGUAAGAAUAGAGCAGCCGAGGCGGCCACAGCACAGAGGGAGAUGGGGGAGCCGGAGUCCCCAGAACACACAGGUGUUCCCCAGGAGUAAUCAGAUAGCUGUGAAGGAGGAAACACAUCUCUGAGUUUUUACCUGUAAACACAAUAGCACUGAGAGACAGUCUGAGAGCAGAAAGAAAGAGAUUAGUCACUCACACCAAGAGACACCCAAGUUGAAAGUUUUCAGGUUUUUGUUUUUUGUUGUUGUUUUUUUUUUUGUUUUUCCCCCUCUGUUUCAUUUUCCCCACGCGUGUCACUGCAAUGGGCAGAAAGCCUGUCGUGUCCACCACCUCCGAUGGAGGUUACCUGCCGGGGACUGUAAACGAGAGGCUGCCUUCCCUGGGUGGCAAGGAGCCCCCUGGGCACGGGGCAGUGGUGCUGAAGAAGAAAAUCACUUUGCUGAGGGGCAUCUCCAUCAUCAUUGGCACCAUCAUUGGAUCGGGAAUCUUCAUCUCGCCCAAGGGUGUGCUCCAGAACACGGGCAGCGUGGGCAUGUCUCUGAUUGUGUGGACCGUCUGUGGGGUCCUGUCCCUGUUUGGAGCCAUGUCCUAUGCUGAACUGGGAACGAGUAUAAAGAAAUCUGGUGGUCAUUACACAUACAUUCUGGAAGUCUUCGGCCCGUUACCAGCUUUUGUACGAGUGUGGGUGGAGCUGCUCGUUAUCCGCCCUGCAGCCACCGCUGUGAUAUCUCUGGCAUUUGGACGCUACAUUCUGGAGCCGUUUUUCAUUCAUUGUGAAAUCCCUGAACUUGCAAUCAAGCUCAUUACAGCUGUGGGCUUAACUGUGGUGAUGGUCCUGAACAGCCUCAGUGUCAGCUGGAGCGCCCGGAUCCAGAUUUUCCUAACCUUCUGCAAGCUCAUAGCAAUUCUGAUAAUUAUAGUCCCUGGAGUCAUGCAGCUAAUUAAAGGGCAAACACAACACUUUAAAGAUGCCUUUUCAGGAAGAGAUGCGAGUAUCAUGGGCUUGCCGCUGGCUUUUUAUUAUGGAAUGUAUGCAUAUUCGGGCUGGUUUUAUCUCAACUUUGUUACUGAAGAAGUAGAAAAUCCUGAAAAAAACAUCCCCCUCGCCAUAGGCAUAUCCAUGGCCAUUGUCACCAUCGGCUACGUGCUAACCAACGUGGCCUACUUUACGACCAUAAGUGCCGAAGAGCUUCUGCUUUCCAGCGCGGUGGCCGUGACCUUUGCUGAGAGGCUGCUGGGAAAUUUCUCAUUAGCCGUUCCCAUCUUUGUUGCCCUCACCUGCUUUGGCUCCAUGAAUGGUGGUGUAUUUGCUGUCUCCAGGUUAUUCUACGUGGCGUCUCGAGAGGGUCACCUUCCGGAGAUCCUCUCCAUGAUUCAUGUCCGCAAGCACACUCCUCUGCCAGCUGUUGUUGUUUUGUACCCUCUGACCGUGGUGAUGCUGUUCUCCGGGGACCUCUACAGUCUCCUGAAUUUCCUCAGUUUUGCAAGGUGGCUUUUCAUUGGGCUAGCGGUUGCUGGGCUGAUUUAUCUUCGAUACAAACGCCCAGAUAUGCAUCGUCCUUUCAAGGUGCCGCUGUUCAUCCCAGCUUUGUUUUCCUUCACGUGCUUCUUCAUGGUUGCUCUCUCCCUUUACUCCGACCCGUUUAGCUCGGGCAUUGGCUUCGGCAUCACGCUCACCGGGGUCCCAGCGUACUAUCUCUUCAUUAUAUGGGACAAGAAGCCCAAGUGGUUUAGAAGACUGUCAGGCAGAAUAACCAGAACAUUACAAAUAAUACUGGAAGUUGUACCAGAAGAAGAUUGUCAUAAAUUUUGAAUUAAUGCAUUUGAAAUCUUGGCAAUCUGUCCUUGGCCUUGUUUCUGCCCAAAGGGCUGAAAUAAAAUAUGGACAUUCACUUCAUUUCAUGAAAAGCCGGAGGAUUGCAGCUUUGGUGACGGAAUAAAGGAAUCAGUUAUUUUUAUUCAUAUCUUUUAGUGUAUUCAAACUGGUUUCUAAGAAAUUUAGUUCUGACUGCAUGUUAUAGAAAGCUGAUAGGCAACGAUACCAUGAGUUCAUGUGAUUCUCGAGUCCCUGACACCUUCCUGUUGACGAGAAGGGAAGAGACUGCGGGAUGGACAAUUACUUCGGUGGUCUUUCUCUGUAACGUAUCUUAUCACGGCUAAGAACCUUCAAAUUGAAAACUGAGCUAUUUUCUGUAUAUAUGGGUUUUGUAAAAACAUUUUUUUACAUAUUGCAGAUGACCAUACUGUGAAAAGUGUGUUCUAGUCUUCUAGAGAAAGAAAAGAAAGGCGUAUGUCAUCAUUAUGGACAGAGGAAAGAAAUUUGCUUUGCAUUGGCUUUGUGUUGCUUUCCUGUAGAUACCAACUUAGACGUCACCCAUCUUCUAAGGGACGGUACUCAGAGCAUUUUGAACAAAGGACAGAGGGGAUAUGCUUGACUUUAAUCAGUACGUUAAAGAAGAGCUUCUAGGAGCUCUUGUUUAUGAGACAAAUCCAGGAAUUAUGUUUAUGUAAAAAUCAUUGAGAACUUAAUGUUAGGAUUUUGUUUUCCACUCAUCAUCAGGAAGCUUCAUGGUUAUGUGACAUUUUGUUUUCAGGGCAGCCCAUUUGAUCA